AAUGGACCUUCAUCACCCGAACCUGAGAGAAGCGCGUUUACAGAGGGCCAAAGGAAGCGCAAAAGAACCAUAUUCAGUCGCGCACAAUUGUCUGAGUUGGAACAAGCUUUCGCUCUGACGCCGUACCCAGACAUCACUCUCCGUGAACGCUUGGCCGCACAAACACAUCUACCUGAAAGCAAGAUACAGGUGUGGUUCCAAAACAGACGGGCAAGAAGUAUCAAGAAUGGAAGACUCACCAAAUCUACCAAUACAACUUUUGGAAGAGGAGGUGAAAAAUGUCUACCUCGCCCAAUCGUCCCCUCCCCUGGUCCCUCCUUCACCCCAACCGCAAUGGGGGAAAUGUUCCGACCAGACCAGAUUCAGUGUGAUGAUGUUCAGCAGUUCUACUCCGAUUGGAUCCGUCUCUACAGCAACCCUGUGUCUCAUCAGCUUACACCCGUCUCCCCAAACCUGGCAGAAUCCCUGCUGUGGGAGGAAGACUCUCACCUGGGAUCUCUUGCUACUACCACGGCACCCGUUGGAAGCCAAGCACACUCCUCACGGCCAUACCGGGAUGGGUUCAACCAGCCCUGCGUGGGAACCUCAGGGUAUAGGAACUUUAAGCCACAGACUCUAGCCGUCUCACAGGCAAGAUAUGGUCAUCAAACCUCAGUGGACCAGGUUGUCCCCUCCCAUCCGCAGCAGAUGUACUGGGAUGUGACUCAAGGAGAGGGUCACCAUCCUCAGGUGGGCCCCCAGACCUCCAUCGGAUACAUCUCAGACCUGAUCUAUAAUGCUGCUAUUGUCACCAACUUCCUGGAGUUCUAAUUUCCUGCCCCUGCUUACCUAUUGUAUAGCCUGGUGGUCCCAGCUCUGGUUGUGCUGUCUUGCCCAGGUAUUGGCAAAACAACACAAACAUAUUUGGGACCACUAGCCUAUACCGCUUGCCCAAUACAGUGCCUUCAGAAAGUAUUCACACACCUUGACUUUUCCACAUUUGUUUGUGUUAGAUCCUGAAUUCAAAAUGGAUGGAAUACUUUUUUUUCUCACCCA